UUCUGUGCAAAAGAUAAAUGCUUCAAAUCAGCAACUGAGAGGAGAAAGAGAAGUCAAAAAGCAGGUGAAAGAUGCUAAGAGAGGCUGAAGAAGUAAAGUCUGGCUCUUGCUUUGGAACAUGAAUUCUUGUUCUUUAUACCUCUGUGCUCUGCACACCCUGAGUCUGGCAGUGCUUGUUGCUGGAAAUGUCCACCCAGAAUGUGAUUUAAUGGUAGAGCUGAAGAAAAAGGAGGCUGAAUGUCAGGAGGCCCCACAAGAGCAUGGAAAUUCAACAUCACCAGGUUGCAAGAGAACUUGGGACAAAUUGCUGUGCUGGCCAGAGGCUGAUGCUGGAGAGAUUCUUGCCUUACCAUGUCCAAACAUCCUCUUUCACUUCAUGAAAGAGCCAGCUGGGAUGAUAAAAAGAAACUGCACAAAAAAGGGCUGGUCUGACCCAUUCCCUCCCUACCAUGUGGCCUGUCCAGUAGAAGAUGAGAUUCCUCUUGAAGAACAAUCCUACUUUUCUACUAUAAAGAUCAUUUACACUGUGGGAUACAGCGUGUCCAUCACCUCCCUCAUCAUUGCUGUGACAGUUCUUAUUUCAUUCAGGAGGCUGCGCUGUCCCAGGAAUUAUAUCCAUGUACAGCUCUUUUGUACAUUCAUCUUAAAGGCUAUUGCCAUUUUCAUUAAGGAUGCUGUCCUUUUCCAGGAGGAAGGCAUUGAUCACUGCAGCUUCUCUACAACCGAGUGCAAGAUCUCUGUGGUUUUCUGUCACUACUUCAUGAUGACCAACUUCAUGUGGCUGCUGGUGGAGGCUCUCUACCUAAACUGCCUGCUGCUUUCAUCCCUUUCUCAUGGAAGGAGAUAUUUCUGGUGGCUGGUUCUCUUUGGCUGGGGUUUUCCAACACUUUUCACCCUUAUAUGGAUAUUGACAAAAUUCUACUUUGAAGAUACAGCAUGCUGGGAUAUUAAUCAAGGCUCUCCUUAUUGGUGGUUAAUCAAAGGACCAAUUAUAAUUUCUGUGGGGGUCAAUUUUGUCCUAUUUAUCAACAUCAUCAGAAUUUUGCUGAAAAAACUAGACCCUAGACAAAUCAACUUCAAUAAUUCUUCUCAGUACAGACGUCUCUCAAGGUCAACCCUGCUUCUAAUUCCAUUAUUUGGAACCCAUUAUAUUGUCUUCAACUUCCUCCCAGAAUAUUCCAGCCUGGGGGUUCGGCUUUAUUUGGAGCUCUGCAUUGGAUCUUUCCAGGGGUUUAUUGUGGCAGUUCUCUACUGUUUCCUGAACCAAGAGGUGCAAACGGAAAUCGGCCGGAGGUGGCACGGGAAGAGAUUUGCACUGGUGCCAGUGUGGAGGAGGAGCAGGUGGACUGUGCCCUCCAGCUCUGGGCUGAAAAUGACCACAUCUGUGUGCUGAAAAUGGCCUCAGGACCUGCAGGGGAAAAAACCUAAACCCAAAACAACAAACAAAAGCCAAACAAUAAACAAUUUUAUCAAACGUAACGAUUGUAGUUUAUCCUGAGCAAAUUGGAGGUGGAGGAUUGUCAUGGGGUA